AUUGGGAUUGAAACCUACAUGCCUUCACAUACAGUUAUCUCCAAUACAUUCUUGGUCUGUUCAUUUCUCCCACAUACCACAUGACUUUGUUUCAACAUUUAAAAUUCUAUCUUCCCAAGCUUCCCCCAUAUAAAUGCCUCUAUUACCUUAAUCCUUCCUCACCACCUUUCUUUCCGGUUCAUUCGUUUUAGCCUCCUUAUUCCUUUCCCAUCUCUGCCUAAAAGUUCAAAGCUUGAGUAAUCUAAACAAGAUGGCUAUUAAGAAAUUAAACAAACUACCUCAAACGGCAGCUAUCAAACAGAUUCUGGGAAGGUGCUCUAGUUUUGGCGAGAAACAAGGUUACGAUGAUGGAGGAAGCCUUCCGGAUGAUGUACAUAAAGCCCAUUUUGUUGUCUAUGUUGAAGAAAACAGAAGCAGAUGCAUAAUCCCAAUAUCAUCGUUGGCUCACCCUGAGUUUCGGAGUUUGCUUCAAAGAGCUGAAGAGGAAUUUGGGUUUAACCACGACAUGGGCCUUACAAUUCCUUGUGAAGAAGUUGUUUUUCGCUCUCUAACAGCCAUGAUCAGGUGA